AUGUGCUAUGGAAGAUUAGAGGUGAAUCGAGGAGGCAGCUGGAGGUCAGUGUGCUCUCAGUCUGUGGACUCCAGAGACGCGGAUGUGGUCUGUAGAGAACUGGCCUGUGGAGUCUCCAGGGCUGUGCUGGGAGGAGCCUCUUCAGGACAGGGGACUGGGCCCAUCUGGGCAGAUGAGAUCCAGUGUCGGGGUGAUGAGGAGAAACUGGCCCACUGUCCAGUCCUGAAGAGAGAGCAGCACAACUGUACACAUGCGGAUGACGUCUCCAUUGUCUGUUAUGGCUACACUGACUUCAGGCUGGCCAGCGGUCCUGACCGGUGCUCUGGCAGAGUGGAGAUGAAGUUGGGGGCUCAGUGGGGGACAGUCUGCGAUCAGGGCUGGGACCUCCGGGACGCCACAGUCCUCUGUCAGCAGCUGAACUGCGGCUAUGCUGAAGCAGUCCUGGGCCCGGCCAGAUUCGGACAGGGCAGUGGCUCCACGUGGACCGAUGUGUUCGACUGUGAGGGCACCGAGACUGAGCUAAGACAAUGUCCCAUCUCUCCAUGGGCUCACAGCUCCUGCAGUCACAGCAGAGAUGUGGGAGUCGUCUGCUCUGGAGCGGCGGGAGGGGUCAGGCUGGUGGGAGGAGCCGGGCGCUGUGACGGGCGGGUGGAAGUCUUCUCCAGCGGCAAGUGGGGGCGACUGCUGGACUCGUCCUGGACAGACUCUGCCGCCUCGGUGCUCUGCAGACAGCUGGGCUGCGGUUCGGCUCUAGAGACCUCCAGCUCCUCUCGCUACGGGCCGGGCCGCAGUGACGUGUGCUUCUCGGGCGUCUCGUGCUCCGGGAACGAGACUCACCUGGGGAACUGCAGCCGCCCACAGCCGGUCAGCUGUAGCUCCGGGAGUGACGUGGGAGUGCUCUGUGAGAAACACGGGCUCCUCUGGCUGUCCGGGGCGGAGAGCCCCUGUGCUGGGCGGCUGGAGGUGUAUCACCGGGGCUCCUGGGGGACGGUGUGCGAUGACUCCUGGGACCUGGCGGACUCUCAGGUGGUGUGCAGGCAGCUCCAGUGUGGGACGGCCGUCCGCGCACCGGCGCCAGUGUCCUUCAGCCAGGGUGCCGGACACAUCUGGCUGGACGAGGUGGGCUGUCUGGGGAACGAGUCGUCUCUGUGGGAGUGUCCCUCCAGACCCUGGGGUCAGCACGACUGCGGACACAAGGAAGACGUGACCAUAGUGUGCUCAGGUGUGACAGCAACAUUCUUCAUCAGCAAAGAAAAAGAUUUAGUCAAUAUUAGUCACUUGUGA